AUAAAGUAUGCUGCAGUAAUAAUCAACAAUUAAAAGAAUAAAAGGACAUUCUCCUUAGAGAUCACCAGGUAAAUUCUGUUCAAAUUUAUUGAAUAUUAGUAAUAAAUUUGCAGGGACAGGUGGAAGUAUUAAUAUAUAAGUUAUAUGACAUUUAGUGUGUUCAUCAUUAGCUCCAAAGAAAAGUUAAGCUCCAUAAAAAGUACCAAAAUCAGGGAUCUUUUAAGCUUUGCCUAUGAUUGAAUAGACUUUAUUUAAAAAAUAUUAUGAUCGUGGAGAUCUUCCAAUUGCUGUUAAUUUUAGUGGAGCUGUUAGAAAGAUCGUUUGGAAAUGUNUGCUGAUUUCUAAAUUAUAGCUAUGGUAAAAAAGAUAAAUUUUGGACAAACUUAUUUUAUUUUAUGA